AUGGAAGGCAUUGCAGGUCGUUCACGUCUCCGCAUCUUUCCUUGUUUUACGGUGGAUUGGAGGGACACCAGUAAUGCUUUGAGCAACUGGAAUGAGUCUCACCAAAAUCCAUGCGCUUGGAAAGGAAUCUCUUGUGAUGCAUUCAACACCAUUACCAGUGUUGAUAACACCGAUGCGCUGAUUUCCAGCAACUUGACUUCUACAAUAUGCAACCUACCCAAUCUAACGGCCUUGAUUCUCCAAGGCAACGCUUUCAGCGGUCCCUUCUCGAAUGUCCUCUUGCAUUGCAAACGUUUGCAAAAGCUCGAUUUUUCGAACAACAAUUUCACUGGAGAGCUGCCACCUUAUAUCUCCCAAUUGAGUGAGUUGAGAGUCUUUAACUUCGCACAUAAUGCUUUUUGUGGCUCCGUUCCUCUAGCUUUCGGAACUCUACCAAAGCUAGAAGCUCUCUUCCUCCACGAAAAUAGUUUGAGUGGGACAUUCCCCAUGUUUGUCGGGAAUUUGGAAUCUCUAAUAAACUUUACGAUUGGCAGCAAUCCUUUGCUUCGUGGUGUGAUUCCAAGAGAGCUUGACAAUUUAAACUCCAGCUCAGCAAUCAUAUCUUCAUCUAUCUCUCACAACAACUUGUCUGGACGAAUCCCGGGGAACAUUGGCCAGCUGACAAGCUUAUCCGAAUUGGAUUGUGGGCAUAAUCAGCUUCAGGGCACAAUUCCCACUGCAAUCGGCAAUCUAACGUACCUGAGUAGUCUUCAGUUGCAAGACAAUCAGCUUACCGGAAAGAUACCUACUCAAGUCGGAGAGUUACGGUACCUCAGUAACUUGAUGCUGUACACCAACAAGUUGAAUGGCUGGUUGCCUCAGAGCUUGGGUAGAUAUUGCAAUUUCAUUGUCUCUGAUGUGUCGGAAAGUGGAUUGGAAGGUCCCCUGCCGAAGAAUCUGUGCAUGAGAGGAGUAUUGUAUGGCUUCGCGGCCACUUCGAACAAUUUUAACGUUUCUCUACAUCGACAAUACCAGCUGAGUGAUGAGAUUCCUGAGGGGCUAUGGGGUGCUGCCAAACUCAAGGGAUUGUUUUUAAACAACAAUAAGUUCGAAGGCAAGAUUUCGGCUGCAAUUGGCCAAGCCAAGAAUCUGAGUCAAUUGAAGAUAAGCAACAACCAGUUCGAAGGAAGGAUUCCUCGAGAAGUUGGACAGCUGACAAAACUUCAAGUAUUUGAAGCUAGCAACAACCGGUUGACAGACCCCAUUCCCCAUGAGUUCACGAACUUAAGUCUGGUCAGAAGAAAUUCCCGAGGAAAUUAUGUCGCUGGAGAAUCUCAAUCAGCUCAAUUUGGGUUACAAUCAACUUACUGGCAAAAUCCUGGAGCUUUCAGCAACAUAAGUAGUCUUGAUCUGUCAAACAAUUUGCUCUCUGGUAGUGUUCCUCUCGAAUUGGGACGACUAAAUCUAAAUAUUUUCAAUGUAUCCAACAAUCACUUGUCUGGACGCAUUCCUGGUGUUUUAGACAUUCCCGCUUACACGGAGAGCUUUCUGGGCAAUCCGAUGCUCUGCGGAGGACGGAACUUGAUGCUACCUUCGUGUUCCUCUACACAUAAGCUGUCGCCUCAGACGUUAGCUACCAUUCUGGUGCCUUCUUUAGUUAUACUAGCAAUAGCUUUGUACUCCAUUUAUCUGUAUCGUUCGUGUGUGAGGAAGCAAAGUGACACGCCAUUGUGGAAAAUGAAGCCAUUCCAUUCCAUAGAUGUGGAUGAGUCAUACAUAAUCUGCAAUUUAGAGGAGAGUAAUGUGAUUGGAUCCGGAGGUGCUGGAAAAGUUUACAAGAUCGUCAUGCCGGACGGGCAAGCGGUAGCCGUUAAGAAGAUCCAGAUAAUAAGCAGAGCAGGAAGAAAUUCUAAGAGAAAAGUUGGGCAAGAAAAGAAUAAAAUGGGGGAAGUGGAGGUCGAUUAA